CUUUGACUACUUAUGGCAUUUUUAUAAGAAAAGCAGAGAAUUCCUAACAAACCGAACAUAACCUCCAAAAAAAGAUUUGUUUUUUCUUGUUGUGGUGAUGUGAUAUUCUAGAUUUUACUUCAACAUCAACAGCUUGCUCUCAAAUCAAACAUAAUAUUUGUCUACAAUCUAUUCAAUUAACCCAAGAUGACCGAAAAUAGACCAUUAUUUCGUAAUUUAGACGCCGACGAUCCAGAUCCUGAAGCCACAAUUGUUGAAUCAAUGUGCAUGAAUUGCCAAGGAAAUGGCUACACCAGGUUGCUUUUAACCAAAAUCCCUUUCUACAAGGAAGUGGUAUUGAUGUCGUUCCAUUGCGAGGCAUGCGGCUAUCAAAAUAACGAAAUUCAGUCUGGCAGCAUUAUACCAGAGAAAGGAAUCAAAAUCACGCUCACGGUUAAAGAUAAGAGGGACUUAAAUAGGCAACUCGUUAAAAGUGAUCAUACAUGCGUUAAAAUACCAGAGUUGAAUUUUGAAAUUCCUUCGCAAAGUCAAAAAGGGGGUACAGUAAUUAAAAAAAAAAACACAGAAGAUAAUAUUAAUAUUAUUUAUCUUGCAGAAGUAACAACAGUAGAAGGCAUUUUGGAUCGAGUUGUUGCUGGCUUAGAACAAGAUCAGGCUGCUAGAAGAGAACAACACCCUGAUGUAGCCGAGCAAAUAGAUACAUUUAUUGUUUCCAUAAAAAAUCUCAAAGAUUUAGAAAAACCAUUCACUUUGAUUCUUGAGGAUAUAUCUGGCAACAGUUUCAUUGAAAACCUAAAUGCUCCUAAAACCGAUCCUCAAUGUACAAAUGAAUAUUUUAAAAGAACCUUGGAACAAGAUCACCAACUGGGAAUAUUCACUCAUGCAGAAGUUAGUGAUGAAAAAGAGGAAACUGGUAUUUUACAUCCCAUAAAAGAAGGAGAGCAUACACUUGAAGACAUGCAAGGAGAAGUAUUGCAAUUCCAUACAAAUUGCCCCAAUUGUGGAUCUCCAUGUGAAACAAACAUGAAAAUGACCAGUAUCCUUUUGUUUCGAAGGGAAGUUGUCAUCAUGGCUACAAAUUGUGAAAUUUGUGGACAUAAGACAAAUGAAGUAAAAUCAGGGUCUGGCAUUGAACCUAAAGGAAUUCGUAUUGAAGUUGAAGUUAAAAAUAGGGAGGAUCUUUCGAGAGAUGUUUUGAAGUCUGAAACUUGUGAUUUAGAAAUUCCUCAAUUAGACCUAUCAGUGGGGCCUAACGCUUUAGGUGGACGAUUUACAACUGUAGAGGGUUUAAUUGUAGCCAUUAAGGAUCAAUUGAGUGAUCCUGCAACAUCCCAUAUAUUUGGUGAUUCCAAGGAAAAAUCUGCAACAGAAGACUUCAAAAAAUUUUUAGGUCAGCUUGACGAUGUUCUUGAAAAUAAGCUACUUGUAACUUUGGUUUUGGAUGAUCCUUGUGGAAAUAGUUAUAUUCAGAGCAUGAAAGAUGGUGAUGAAGUUGAUGAGCAGUUGAAGAUUACACAUUAUGAGAGAACAUUUGAACAAAAUGAAGAAUUGGGCCUUAACGAUAUGAAAACUGAAAACUAUGAAGAGUCAAAAUGAUUUAGAUUCUAAUUUUAUAACCAAAACUAAUAGGGAAUUGACUAUGUUAUUUCAAAUUAGAGAUAUUUUAUUUCAUUUUGCUUUUAUUAUACAAAAAUCAGUAAACAUAAUGUGGUAGUUGUUAAAGAUUUAAUAUACUGGCUCAGGAGUCUGAGUUUUAAGAAUUCCGUAACGUGUUUUUAUGAUGAUCCUUUGUCUGGAAUAUUGGUCUUCAGGAGAAAAUCGAGCUGGAUGUGCUGAUUGUGUUGCAUUGCCACUUGGAUCAGUUUUCUUUAGGGUAUAUACCCGUUUUCCUUGGUCAUCGAUAUAGUACAUCAAAUACAUUUUUAUUUUACAAGACAACUACUUAGAUUAUAUGAAAAUUAAAAUGGAGGAGUCAGAUAAAUAAUCGAAGAAAAGCAUGGGCUUGGAUGGACAUGUAUGACAUGACACUGACAUGCGAAGUUGAAACGUGAAGG